UUCGUCCUUUGGUUGUCAAAUUCCGACAAAAUGACGAAGGGUACAUCCAGCUUCGGUAAACGCCGAAAUAAGACACAUACAUUAUGUAGGAGAUGUGGAAGAUCAUCCUAUCAUAUCCAAAAAUCUAAAUGUGCUCAGUGCGGUUACCCUGCAGCUAAGUUACGAUCUUACCACUGGUCAGUCAAGGCGAAACGCAGGAAGACCACUGGUACUGGCCGUAUGCGUCACCUUAAAAUUGUCAGAAGGCGUUUCCGCAACGGUUUCAAGGAAGGAAAACCUACUCCGAAGAAAGCUGUUGCCUCCUCGUAAACUUAUUGCUAAUUGCCAAUAAAAAAAAACAUAAAAUA